CUCUUAAAAACGUACACAUUUAGCUGUCUUUGAUCCAUCAACACUAGUUUGUCAAAAACCUUUCUGGUGAAUUAAUAGACUGCAGGGAUUUCUGCUGGAGUCCAACACAUCACAACCGUUGUUUGGGGUCUUUGACGCGACCAAACCCGGGAAUCCCCCAAAGCUCCAUCCAGCCAAAGACGCACAGGGUUCAUUUUAAGCCCCCACCACCACCACCCACACCUUCCAUUUGAAAGCCGCCUCUCUACCGGGAGAGGAAGGCUCUUUUUCGGUCAGAUGGCGUGCUGCAGUCCGCCCCCGUCAUUCUCCAGCCCACACAGACAGCAAAAGGCAGCCAGCAACCAAUACGUUGCGCCGGAGGAGGAUUUCUGCCAGCGAUUCCGGCGAAAGGGAUUUACUACGACAAUCCGAGCCGCGGACAAGGACGGAGAGAGACUCACCUGGAAGGACUGCUCUGUGUUUAUUCACAACUUCAUUGAAUAAAAAAACAACAAAAAAAGGCUCUCCAGCGGUGUGCCAUGUCUUUGCCACGCACACUUGGGGAGUUGCAACUCUACCGGGUGCUGCAGAGGGCCAACCUGCUGGCCUACUAUGAGACCUUCAUCCAGCAGGGCGGUGACGACGUGCAGCAGCUCUGCGAGGCUGCGGAGGAAGAGUUUCUGGAAAUCAUGGCAUUAGUUGGCAUGGCCACCAAGCCACUGCAUGUGCGUAGGCUGCAGAAGGCUCUUCGAGACUGGGCGGCCAACCCAGCCCUUUUCAGCCAGCCAGUUGCCAAUGUUCCUCUGGCGGGCAUCCCACUGUUUAAGGUGGACGGGAUGGGGAUAAGCGGUGAGCCCAGGAAGUCUUUGAGUAACGGGCAGCCAGAGUCCCCCUGUGACAGAGAAGACCGGGCGUGUCUUACCCCGAUGCACAGUGGCAGUCCGAGGAGCCCCUGCUCCCAGGCUUCCCCACAACCUCCUGAGACACACUACAGAGAAAAGCUGUCCCCCUUGGACCCGCACUGGCUCAGCACCGAGCCGGACGCUAACGGUGCUCUGGCGUCAACCUCCGAAGUAGAAGAGGAGCCGCUCAGCCCGCCCAUGCUGUCAACAUGCCCUCCUGGCCCCUCCGUAUCUCCAGGGCCAUCUUUUACACCAACAGGUCUGUCGGCGUGGCCCGGAGGACAGCUGGACGCGGAGACGGUGAGGGCGGUGGCAGAGAGUGUUGACCGGCUCUUCAGGACCCUGCCCCGGUCGGAUUCUGCGGAGGUGAAGACUCUGCUGAGGAUGAACAAGAAAAUGUCAAAGACCGUGGGCCACAUUUUCAGCAUGGGGCCCCUGAACGCAAACAAAGAAGAGGAGAUCCGAAAAUACAGUCUUAUUUAUGGACGCUUUGACUCCAAGAGGAGAGAAGGCAAGCAGCUCACACAUCAUGAGUCAGUGUUUUCCCCUUUGCAGCUGAUCAUCAAUGAAGCUGCAGCCCAGUUCUGCAUGCGGGACAAUGCACUUCUGCUGAGGCGGGUGGAGCUCUUUUCUCUGGCCCGGCAGGUGGCCAGAAAGUGCGCAUACACCUCCACCCUAAAACAUGCGAGAUCAAAUGACGAGAACAGCAGCCUCUGUCAGAAGAGACUAAGACACCAGGUGAUCGUGUCCGAGAGCGCAUCCCCGCUCCUCGGAGCAGAGGGAUCCGAGAGCUCCACCCACAGAGCGGAUGAUGACAGCUUGUCUGCAGAAAAUCUAGACUGUGCACCUCAUGACGCCAGAACACAGAGCAACCACUCUCCAUCACCACGACCCCUCACUGACACCUCCAACCCUGCCAGCUGGAGCCGCCAUCUCAUACAGCAGACCUUAAUGGACGAAGGGCUGCGAUUGGCCAGGAUGGUGUCACAUGAUCGAGCAGGAAAGCUGGGUCUUGGGUUAGAAGGUCCUCACACAACAGACCAUGACAGUAAACCGGAGCGGCAGAGUUUGUUAACGGCGUGUAGGAGCAGUAGCCCCUGUGUCACCAAAGACUCACCCACCAGCUGCCACCCCCGGGGGAAAUGAAGCGCUCUGCACUCAUCGGGGAACUUGUGUUUGGGCGUCCACUCUAAUCCCGCCGUCCCACGGAGAGGUGCAACUCGUCCUUCGCCGACGUGCGGCGGACAGGGGCUUUCAAUUCAAGUCAAAACAGUAAAUGUGAGAAUUUACCAGCAUCACAUGUUGUUGACAAAUGAUGCAAAUUUGAUGUUUUAAUAUGUAGAAGGAUAGUAAACACUUAUCAGGUUUGAGUUCACUAAUUUAGCCAUUCAAAGAGGGAAUCGUAGACGUUUGGCGGUUCCAGCUGCUCGACACGACACCGAAAGGUUUUUCAGUCACUUUCAGCAUGUAACUUGUAAUGUCUUUACUCUCAGGAAACACAUUGAUGUUCUGUUCUUGUUAGAGGUCAGUGUAGUGAGCUCAGGUUAAUCUAUGUAGUCAUUUAGAAAAAGAAGUAUUUGGACCAGACAUAUAAAAAACAGCACAAAGAUCAGAGGUUUUUGGUUCUGCACUUGCCUUUUCAAACACACUUAGGUUAAUAAAAUUGCCAGGCCAUCCUUCCUUUUCACGGUCGUUUUACUCCCAUCUUCAGUUAAACCAGGGAUGUCCAAACCUUUUGCAAAGAGGGCCAACAAUUCACCCUGAACGAUUUUAAUAACUUUAAAUGCAAAUUAACUAUUUAUGAAUAUUUUAUUGCAUUGGCAUACUUUCCAUUUCUUCAUAUUGAAAAGAAAACACAUCUAGAUAGGUUUUUACCUAAAUUACUGCCAAUUUGUCCACUUUUGGCACAGUUUAUUCCCAAUUAGCUUGUUGUAGAUAGCAUAGUUAGUCCCUUUUCAUAUUGAACCCCUUGACAACAGUCACAGUCUCUUGGUAUAUUAGCCACACACGGUUGUUUCAUAUUUCACAAAAUUUUUUUGCUAAUUUCCCGUCUGACUGGAAGUCGUGUCCCUCACCGUCAACUUUUAAAAGAAUGUAGAAUUGACAUUUUAGAAAUAAUUAGAAGGUGUCACAGAAGGGUCCCACCACAGUACCCCAACCAGUUUACAACGGGUUACAACUAAUUUAGCCGACCACAAUCAAGAAAGUUUUUUGAAAAUAUUAUUGAGUUUAUGACAGGAGCAUGUGUUUGGCUUAAGGGUUGGACUUUGGACAUGCCUGACUUAAUCAAAGUGGGUUUUUUUCUUAGAAAACUAUCUACUGCUUCUUGUUUAACCCUUGUGCUAUCCUAGGCACUUUAACA